AUGAGGAAGUGUCAUCUGCUCACCUGAUCGAAACAUUUCAUUGUUUUGGAACAAAUGUACAAUGACAGUCACUGAUUAUGGGGAAUUGUCUACGAAAAUGUUUUGGCCACUUCGACAGAAGGAGACAGUUUUUACAGACAAGAUACUAUGUGGAGAAAGAGACAUCAAUAGAGUUUGCAAAUUUGAUGGAUGAGGAGGAGGUGCAAAAUGAAAUGAGCAAAUUAGUUACUGAAAGAGAAAAGCAGUUAGUCAGUUCCAAACAGUACAAUACUCUAGUCAGUGAGCAGAAGCUGAGAGAUGCUGAACUCGAUAGAAAGCUUCAGGAAGAUGAGGAGGAGUUACGUCGUGAGGAGGAGGCAUAUAUCGAGGCCAAGAGAGAGGCGGCACACAUAGCUAAACUCCAACAACAGAAAGAACAGGCAGCUAAAAAACCAAAUGGUCCAAAGUCAUGGAAAGCAGGCGAGGACGGUGAAUGGGAAGUUGCUGGAGGAGAAGAUGAUUUUGAGAUGUUUUUAGAGAGUGUCCGUGAACGCUCACUGAAGGCAACUGCUCAUCUUAGAAAAGAAUCAAAUGAUGGGCAGAGUUCAAACAGUUCUUCCACUCCGACCCCGGUAGUACGCGAAAGAUCUCACACAGAUGGCUCUAACUCUGUAGAAUUAGAAUGGGACCAUGAUGAAGGUAACUAUUGUAAGAAAGUCGUUAGAAAGCAUUGGAGUUUUUUCUCACACAUGUUCUGUGUAGCUAGCAUGGUACUGCAUUGUACUCUUGUCAAGGGGCUGAUCACCUUACAAUACAGCUUUUUUUGUGUAUUUGACUUUUACAUGCACCUUGCCCAGCAAGAGAGUCGUGAUAGUCCUGCCAGCCCUGCCUUGUCUGUUGACCUAGAAUGGGACACAGAAUUUACAGCAUCAGAAGACAAAGAUACUCAGAACCUGCUGAAAGCAGAAUACCAAAUAUCUCAGGAUGCCAGGUGAUAGGAAGUGUUGCAUAAUGAACAGAUUACUGUAAUCAUGAAACAAAUAUAUGAAAAAUCUGAAACUGUUUUCAUACACAUUGAAAGCAUGGUGAUAAAUAUACAAAAUAUCCUACAAUAGACAUAUCAAUUGGCAUUUGGCAGCAGUUUCUGCUGUUUUACAUCUGUAAAACUUUGAAUGUGUUAUACAUGAAAGACUGCUCACCCGAGCAUCAAUGGUUAGAGCAACCGGGCCAACUUGGGCAAUACAUGUGGUCCCCAACCAUUUUCUACAUACUUUUUGUGUUUGGGGUGUUCGAAAUAAUGGUUAAGUCAAGUAUUUUGGGACCUCGAGCUGUCAGUGUUUUACUGUAUAUAAGCAUUGAACUAUAGCUUGUUAAGUUUGUUUUAUUGAUUAAGGCAUAUUUUGGUCAAAUAGGAAUAUAUUCCUAGUAUUUAAGUAGACUAGUUGAAAUUUUCUUUAGACAUAACAUUCCAGAGAAGUUCUUCUACUGUUAAAAAUCAUUCCGGUGUACAUGCUUUCUUGUAUGCAUUUAUAUCUGUGAUAUAUUCAUGUAAUUCAUGUCAUGUUGAAAACCUCUAUGUGUCAUUACAUCUGAUACAAACUAUUACAUACAGUUAAACUUUGUUUGCUCAAACUCGGAUCAUUUGAACACCACCCUUUGAAUUCAUUGUCAAGUCUCGGCAAAAUUCCUGUAUAAUGAAUGUUAUUACAAUGCUUCAACUACCAAUAACUCAGACUAACUUUUCCUGUCCUGUAGAGUUCGAGCGAUCGGAGUUGGACUGUACUAUCAUCUGUAGUAAAAGUCCCAUGCUGUUAUAGGCAACUGUUAGCUUUAAGUGUUAGAUGAUGUUUAUAUACAUUUGUAAUUUUAGUGACACUUUCAGCAUUAAAUGUAUUAUAGCAUUUUUAGUGUGGCAGUUUAUGAAACAGGGGUGUAAAAUUCCACUUACCGGCUCUUAUUUAUGAGUUAAAGUCAGAAAAGGAUGAGUGAACCUCACUGUAUACUCAACAGACAUGGAAAAUGCUUUUCGUGGCAUUACUUUUCCAAAAUUAAUAGGAAAUAUGUUCUAAAUUACCUAGCAAAAAAUGAUUAAAUCAUCUUGAGUUGGUAGAUGCUUCAAAUUUAAUUGAUGAUGAUAAACAGGUGUAUGCUAGACUGUGGUUCACUUAUCAUGCAUUUGUUACAAUAAAUGCGUCACCACUUAAUUUCCAGUGCUUUGUCAAAUUUUAGAAAGCAUGACUUCAACAUUGAGUAAUUGCCAAGUUUAUUAUGAUCGACAUUUACAAUAUAAACACAUUGAUGCAAAUUAUUUCAGUAAACACAAGUGUGCCUUUAAUAAUAAGUGAUAAUAAUAAAUGGGGGGAGUGACAAUUUACUGUGGCAAGUAGAUUUUAUUGAAAGAAAAAUUACACCCCUGUUGAAGUCAUUUUUAAAGGUGGAUAAUCCAGUCUUAAAUUUCGUGUGUUUUUUGGAAAAGUCUUUGAUGCUAAUUUCUGAAAUAUUAAAUAUUGUCAAAUUUUCCCAUAACCAGUUGUCUUGCCAUUAUAGAUGUUUUUGUCAUUAGAGUGUCAUGUACCAUAUAUUGGCAUAGAAAAUUGCAUUUAUUGUAGUAAUUCAAUAUAAAAAAGAAUUCCAAAUAUUUGUAUUACCUCACUUAUGUCUAUUUUGGCCAUCUACAUUUAUUCUAAGGGGUCUGCAUGGUCAAUCAGUUAAGGUCACUGACUUUGAAUUGCCUCUCACUGCUCAAGGUUAAAUACCUCUCUUAGGGUGUUGAAUUUUUUCAAUGUUAGAAUGUCAGCCAGUCAGCUUAUAGAAGAAUGGUUGUUCUAUCUCGAAUUAAUGCCUUGAUGGGCAUCUUUCAUCUUCCUCCACAGUGAAGAGCUGGAAAGUAGCCAUUUGGUGUAAAAUUGCAUUGAUGUGAUGAAGCAAUAGAACACUGUGUUUAAGCAACAUGUAGCUUAAAACUUUCAAGAUUACUCUAUAGCAUAAUGACUGUCAUCUGGAACAGAGCUGUGAAAUCUGAAAAAAGAACAAGGCAGUUUGAUUCGCAUGUAUCAGUGCUAUAUACCGGGCAGGUUACAGAACCAGACUAUCUGUCCGCAGUCAGCUAGGCUAAGUUAGCCUUACAGGUCUGUAUCUUAUGAAUUUCUCUCUCUUUUCUUGGGGCUUUCUCUUGCUCUGUCUGUCUGGUGAGUAGAGAAUGAUUAAGUGCCCUGAGUAGCUGCCAAUAUUUGUAAAGCGCCUUUCAAUGUGUUUAAAUAAAGGCAUUGUACAAAUCUGGUAUAUAAUAUAUUAGCUUUUUAAUUACAAACUUUUAUAAAAAAUGUUGCAAUGUCUGCUUCAAAUAGGAAUACACCUAUGAAACUAGCUUUCUUGUUUUUAAUUAGUCUGUGUUCAGACCCAGUGUUUUGUUCACAGGAGAUAAGUCCUGAGGCUAUUCAAUUUUUGUAUAAUUAUGCCCCUUUUCUUCUCAAAACACUGGCAGAAAGACUCGGGUCAGAAUGUAUAGAGUAAUGAUUGAAUUUUUUUUUUUUUAAUUAUCUAGUCGGUAGCCAGACUAGAUUUUAAUAUCAGUUAAGUCUCUAAGAGAUGAUAUAAAAUUUACAAAAUGUUGCACCUUUAAAUAGUUGUUUGAUGUAACUUGUUCAUUGUGACAGAGUUUCUGUCUCUUGUGUGUUUGUUUGUCAGCUUUCUGCUUAUAAUGCUCAAACAAAUAACUUGAUAUUAGUUAAUCAUGAUCACUGUGGACAGUGAAAUUCAUUGUGUAAGUUUCAGAUUGUUCAUCUAUGAUUAAGACUUCCGUGAGAAUUCAGUUUGUUGUAUCAUUUUAUAGUGUUCAUAAACACUACAUUUGUGAUAAACUAAAUGUAAUAUUUGAUUUUAUAGUGUGUGGGUUAUUCUAUGGUGUUGAGUUUUUUCAUAUUUCAUGAAACAUAUCCAACCAUCAUUUGCUUAAGUUGUGAACUUAUAUAGACAAUUUGUUUGACAAUAAGUUUAAUAUUUGUGUACAAAUAUUGCUUACAAAAUGGUGAAGAAUUUCCCAAUUUUCCAUGAGCUGUCAAGGUAUAGAGAACAUGAGAACAGAAGGGUGCAAAUGGCUUUGAGUUUUGUUUACUGGCUUGUUUAAAUGCACUGUUUAUCUAUAUGAAUAUAAUAUUAAGGUAAUUCUGCACAUUUGAUAAACCAGAAGUGAUGGCGUAACAUCAGUAAUAUCCGGAAAACAUAGAAUAAAGCCUGGAUUCGGCAUACGUAUAUGAAAAUCAUUUUAUGAAUUAAUGGCAACCUGUAAGUAAAUUUAUUACAGUGGCACUGUUACUACCUUUUUUAAGUUAGAAUAUAAUAUUAAAACAUCUGACACAUUAAAUAAUUCAAAAUAAUGUCUUAAAAUUUGCUUGAAAUGUGCGGGUCCAUUUAAUCAUGGUCAGAUAUCUCAAAAAUAAGCUCACAGGCCUAUACAUUUUAUUUCACCACAUAAUAGGCCAUAUGUUCCUUUACAACUGUGAGAAGUUUCAUUAAAAACUACAUUGUAGAAAAUUUUCUAUUUGCGAAAAUGUUACGAAAGUUGUGAUUUUCCCAUAGACUCCCAUUAUGAAAAAUUGUGUGAGGUCCAAAUUCUCAAAUCAGUCUAGCAAAAAAUCAAGCACAUGACCCUAUCUUUUUUAUUUGCUGAAUUUUCUAAGUAUAUUUUGAAGUUUUGAAAAAUUAGAGUUUAAUAAAAAUCUACAUUGUAGAAAAAAUUUCGAUCUGAACGUGCAGAACUACCUUAGUGUGAUUGGCUAGAUGAUCUUGAAAUAAUUUGCUGCAAAAUUUCUAAACCUGUUGUGUGUGGGAUAUAUUUUGACCACAGUAAAUUUAAUUGAUAUGUUUUUAUGCAGUUCUACUAAACUGUAGCACAUGUUUAUGGUAUGCACUUGAUUCAUUUUAACACAAUGUUAAGGUCAUACUUUGAAUACAUAGCGUAUUAUUCACAUAUAAAUUAUUUUUAUUUGAUUGUUUGUGAUAAUGUAUUUGUUUUAUGUAUUUUAUGGCUCUGUUAUUUGAGUUCUUGAUGGGCAGUUUGUUGAUACUUUAUUUGAAGGAUUUAAUGUGUCAUUGUAAUUAUAACUUUGUGUUGUAACCAUAGCUUUAAUAGAGUUCAGUAUAUUCUUAGACCAUAGUUAAGCCUUACUUUUGUUUGCUUUAUGCCUUGUCUUAUGCUGUAUCAUGUUCUGUUUUUAUUCCACUUAUUUUUGUUAUUUGUGCUUAUAACUCUACUGCAAUUUUCUGUGUGAUACUCAUUUUAUAACCAUUCAGGAAAUCUAUUAAAUGCAUGAAUAUAAGCAAAGAAGUAUAAAAUACACAGAAUGGCAACUGGCUGUUAUCUUGCAUGUUUUGCGUCCAAGCGUGAUUCAGCGUUAUCUUUGUGAAGCGAGCGCGGAGUUGCAAUUUGUACCUUUAAAACUACAUGUAAAACACAUGUUAGCUUCUAAAAUAACAUUUGUUUAAUAUGAAAUAGUCUUAAGCACAAAAUACACGUUUCUUACUAUCAAAAAAGCGUGGUCAUACGGUGAUAAUUGAUAAAUUGACAGUGUCAUUCUUUCGCAUACAAAAUGACGCAUGAAGAACUUCCAGUAACGAGAUCUCGUUUGCAGCCGCGGGAUGUUGGCAAGAUUUGCUCUAUAUGCCUUUCAAGUUGCCGAUCUAUUUAUUUUUAUAACUCUUUGAUAUAAGCAAAUGUUGAGGACUUUUCUAAAGUGAUCUAGAAUGUGACUCUGACUUAAAUUUAGUGAGAAGAAAUAGCACUCUACCAUUUUCAGUAUACCAGACAUAAAAAACAA